AUGCCUUUCAGCAGCAGCAGCCCCUGUAACGACACGACAGGUGUGCUGACACACGAUAGUAGUGCGUCGAACGAUGCGUCCGCAUUAAGUUUCAGUGAGCAGAAAAUUUCGUUACUUUUCCCCAAAUGCAAACCGCGCAGUGAAUAUCACUAUGUUAUGAACAGCAGCAGUAGCAGCAGUGCGUGCGUGAACGGAAACGGUGGAAGUAGUAACAAGAACAACAAUUGUACGAUGGACGUCGGCAGCAUGUCGCUCGGCUCCACGCACUCCUUGGCGACGUACGUGACGCGCUCCAGUACGCCCACCGUCGCGGCGGCGGCGGCUGCGGCUGCGGCGGCGGCGGCGGUUGCAGCCUCGAAGGUCUACAUCGACAUCAAUCCGUUCGGUAACAACAAUGGCAGCACCAGCACCAGUAGUACCAACCACGGCCCAUCGGUGGUUCCUGCGCUAUCGAGCGACUUUGAAUUCGGCGCCGAGAAGGAAUUGUCCGUUGGCAAGGCGCUGCAGUUGAAUGCGUGCGGCAUGAACAACAACAACAUCGGGGGAGGAAGCAGCAACAACAACCACUACGGCGGUGGCGGUGGCAGCGGGGGGGUAGGGCUGUUAAAGGAUAAGUUUGGUGGCGCCGGAAUCGGGCCCAGCACCGUGAAGCUUUCGUCCAAUCAAUCCGGUAGCAAGAGUACCUCGUCCUCAGACGGGUACGGCUUCUACUACAACAAUCAACCGCCAUCGCUAACCUGUUCCCCAACCGAGAAUCAAUCAAUGGCCGCCUCGCUCGGUAAUUGCAAUAGUGGUAACAAUGGUGGUAGUAGUAGAGGACUGCUUCUCUCGGAUGAUGAGGAUAUGAGCGAGCGUUCGAAGAAGGAAAAUACCGGCGCGUCCAGAUGGAUGGAGCGCAACUACUGCCAUUUAUCCGUGUCGCACUAUCCUAGUGGGCCGUCGAAGUCGAAAAACGUUGGUGCCAGUAGUGGAGCUGUUGCCGGACAGCAGCAGCAGCAGCAGCAGAAACGUGGUGGAUCCACAUCGGUUUACAAACCGGUCAACUGCUACAAUAUGGUACUCCAAUCGCCGCUCGAGGACGAGAGUGAUAUGGAGGAUAGGCUAAAGUAUUUCAACUACCAGCACGAGAUGCAAACGUACAACAGCACACGCAAGGACAAGCACGGCUACCCAUCGGUAGGUAGUGGUGACUUGCACUACGCGCAUAAGAGCAUCAGCGGUGGCGAGGGUGAAGAAAUUAUAGUCCUUGGAAGCAAUGCAAACGAGCACGAAAAUACGCUGCUGGUUGGAAAGCAGCAGCAGCAGCAGCAGCAGCAGCAGGAAUGUGAUUCAGCCGAGUCACAUCCCAAUAAAAUGGAUUUGCUCCAUCUGAAUCAAAAGUUGGAGCACGUGCCGCACGUAGGACUGAGUGUAGCCAGUCCGAGCACGGAUAACGAACUGAUGCUCAAUGCAGAGUUUACCGACAAGCAGAUGGGGCAGUUUGCUGAACCGGAUAACAAAUCUACCGCAGGAUCCAACAUAAUACAGUACGACGGAUCUCCCCGACGAUUUGGGCUGAAUUUGUGCGACGAGAGUGACUACUACUUGGCGUCUAGUGUGAAAAUAAAUCUAACUUCCCCAUCAUUGCUGACGCUCCCGCGUCCCGGGUUUCCACAGCGCGUUGUACCGGCGACAACGUCCACAUCGGCCGCAACGACAUUGACGGCACCAAACAAAACCAGCAUGUCCACGGUACCCACGCCUUCGUCCAAACUCAGCUGCUCCCCUUCGCUGCUGGAACAGGUAAAUUCAAGUCUGAACAAGACAAUGCUGUUCGAGGUACCCAAAAAUGGUAGAACUAGCGACGGCGAGGGCGACUUCUACGCUAGCGGAGACGUAUCGAAAGCGAACCUUACUAGGAUGGACAAGGAGCACCAUUCUUACGAAGUGCUGCAGCCGUGCGAUCAGGGCAAACCGUUGCUACCAGAGAUGGACAUGAUGUCGGAGAAGGUGCAGCUGAACGCCCAGGCCCAGCCCGACAACGAGCUAACCAUGGGCGGCUCGAGUAACUAUCCACCGAUGACCAACUCAUCGACGUUCGACUAUCUUUAUGAAUUUUCCGAGACACGCAAAGUGUUGGAAGAAUUUUUCAAGUGUCCAUCGACGGAGGAUGUGGAGAAGUUUAGCGACUACAACGACAGCGGUGACGAUGACGAUGCGGAGAGUCUGGACGUGCAGUACGACUAUCCGGUGGAGCUGGAGCGCUCAAAGGCUAUCGAAACUACCUACAUCGGUAACGUGAACGGAUCUGGAAAACGAGACAGAACCCGCUCCCCGAAGUCCCCGAUCCACACCGGUGACGGCAUGACGCUGGCGCAGGAAGAGGAUGACGAUGAUGAAGAUCAGACGGCAGACGUCGAGGACGAGGAGGAGGACGAGGGCAAGGGUAAAGGGUUGACGAAGUACAAUUUUAAGCUGAAGACUAACAAGGCGCGCCUUGUCGCAGACUACGGAGGUGCAGGCAUGCUGCGGAAGAAGAAGUCGUCCGAUGGAUACUUGCUGAAGGGCAUUUCGAACGUCGGGUUAGCUGUCGUUGACGAUGGUGAUAGAUACUGCAGUGCAGACUAUGAACGACGUGAGGACGACAGGCAGGGAUCGCUACAAACUUCCAACGACGCCCGAAAUGACUACGCGGUGUACAUCCAGAGUGGCCUACUCAAGUCCUUCCCUGAACAGCAGCAGCAGCAACAGCAGGAGACUCAUGCACAAAACCAGCAACAACAGCAGCACCCAAAGAACACCCAGAGUGAAUUGCGCUUCAACUCGUACAUCAAUAACGAGAGUCGCUCGAGUAGCUACGACGCAAUCAAUGACCCCGGCGGCUAUGACGUGCAUCCGAUCAUCUCCAAUGGCAGCGACAAGGACCCGUUGCACUACGCCACGGUGAACGGGGACGGCGUCGACGGGCGGAAGGUGUUUGCUCGCAAGUAUAGCAAAAACUUCAAUUACUCACCAGACACAACCGAUUACGACUCCAACUGCGGCGACUACGAUAGCGAGAUCUCGCCCCAGUACGGCAGCGACUUCGGGCUGAUCACGUCCGGGGGUGCCACGAUGUGCGAGGAUUUGAACAAUGGCGUCAUCAGUGCCGCAUCCGGUGCUGGGCAGGCCCCGGGCGACUCGCUCAACUGUCUGUUCACGAGCAGCGCCGGCAACUACCCGCGGUACUAUGCGGCUAUGCCGGUGCUGGAGGACGGCCUCUCAAGCGGGCACGUGUCCGACUCGGACACGAACAAUCACAAUGCGAACGGCACGGGCGGCGUGAUGCCACCAGAUCUCGUCACAGGUAGUAUCAAGCAGAUGGUGUCUGGCAGUGCCGGUGUAGCGGGCAGCGCCUACGGGCUACUCGGACCACAGUCUCCAACGGUCACGGCGAAGCAAUCCAUCUCCUCAUCUCCCAUUGCUUCAAAGGAGCAGAAGACUCUCUUACAACAGCAGCAGCAGCAACAACAACUGCAACAGCAACAGCAACAGCAACAACAGCAACAACAGCAGCAGCAGCAGCAGCAAUCGCAUCAACAACAGCAGAACCAAGGCACUAGCGUGGAAGGAUUUUUUGUAAAUAAUAACACCUUCCGCAUGGGAAAUCUAAAGCUGAACUCAAGCAUGCUUCACAACGCCAGUAUAUUUAAAAACCGCGAUCCAGAACUGGAAUCACUAUACACUAUAAAUACCAUACAAUCGACGCCACCUCCACCAGCUCCAGCUCCACACAGGAAAUCUUCGAUAGACUGUGAUAACUUAACAGGUUUGCAACAGCAACAGCAGCAGCAAGCGCAACAACAGCCGCCACAACAGCAGCAGCAGCAGCAACAGCAGCAACAGCAGCAGCAGCAGCAGCAGCAAUUGAGUCACUUACAACAGUUGCAACACCAUCAGCAGGCGCAGCAGCAGCAACCACCGCAGCAAUCACAGCUGAAUCAGCAACAGUUCAACCUCUUGCAUGCUUCUAACGCCGAUGUACAGUCGACGUUGAAAGACAUUCGGAUUUGUCUGCAAAAGACGAAAUCAAUCAAUCUGGUGUCCGGUGGUGCACAGACUCGCAAAGCCUUCGAUAAAAACAGUUUGUGUUCGAGCGAAUUCCCAGCAGAUGCACUCGGUGGUGCUGGUGUAAGCGGGGCUGGCGCUGUCGGCAUACCCGGCGCCCCGAGCCUGUCGCCCAUCUGGAUACCACGGUCGCGAGUAGCGACGUCGGAGGUACAGGACUAUGUCGGCAAACAGCCGACAACGGGUGGAGCGAACGGAGGAGUGACUAGUGUAGCGCCCGGCGGCAGUAGCUCCAUACUGGGAAACGGCUUGACAGGGCUGCAGGGCUCGGGAAAGUUGUCAUCCUCGCCGUCGUCGCUACUCGCAUCGUCGCUGCCAGUUGUAGGCGGAGCAAGCAAAUCGGGUGGUGUAGGAGCCUUCCCGGAGGAGAGUGAGGCUCUGAUAGGCAGUCAUGGCAGUCACGGACAGUCGGCGAAGCUGCCCGGCGCGCUCAUCGAUGAGGAUGAAGAUCCGGACACGGAUCUCGAGACCGACCGCUUGCUCGGCCACCAGCGCCUGGAUGACCAAGGCUUCUACGACGAGAGCAGCGGUGGCAAGCAGUGGAGCAGCGAGCGCAAGACCGGCACUCGGCUACUGCUGGGUAAGGUGUCUCCCAAGCAGGCGCCCACAACGGCGACCUUGCAAAACGGUAAACCGGCAACCGGCCAGCCGAGUGAGCGUACGCUAGGAGUAGGUGCUCGCAGUGCCGGUGCAGCGCAUAGCGUGAGCAGUUUCCUGCAGGUUGCCGCCUCCGGUAGUACUUCCUCCGUCCCGGCCCAGCUAUCGGUAGGUGGGACAGCGGGUACCGGCUGCAGUGCAUCUGGGGCAACACUGCCGGAGUUGGGUGGAGCCACCUCGGCCACCGGAACUCCGAUCGCACCCUCGGCGGGAACCGUCAGCGGCACCGGGGCCGGCAGUGGAGGAUCUGCCCUCUGCCACAAGGCAGCAAAAGUGAGUGCCGCCGGCAAUCUGAUCAACUUCAACGGGCCCAACGACCCACAGACGCAGCUGACGUCACCGAAUCCGAGCCCACAGCACUCACUCGGCGAGGGUAAUCUACUAGACAAGUCGAACGACUCCGGCAGCCCCGGUGGUUCGACCAAGUCGAAGUCGAUGCACAAUAACGACACCAAGCGGAAGUCGAAGAACAAGGAAGUUCUGAUCGAAGGUGUUUUGUUCCGAGCGCGCUACCUAGGAUCGACGCAGCUUGUUUGCGAGGGACAGCCGACCAAAUCCACACGAAUGUUGCAGGCAGAGGAAGCUGUAUCGCGAAUCAAGGCUCUGUCUCCUGAUGGUGAAGUACAGCCGAGCACGGAGGUGGAUCUGUUUAUAUCCACCGAGAAGAUAAUGGUGCUGAACACGGACCUGAAGGAGAUCAUGAUGGAUCACGCACUGCGGACGAUCUCGUACAUUGCCGACAUCGGCGACCUGGUGGUGCUGAUGGCUCGGCGCCGCUUCGUACCGCAGGACGUCGACUCGACCGACUCGUCCGGUGGCGGUGGAGGCGGAGCCGUCAGUGGUGGCGGGGUGGGCGCACACUCAGGGAACCAUGCUGCCGGUGGCAACACGCCAUCCCAAAAGCAGUCGGGCACGGGGGGAAGCGGUGGUGGGGCUGGCGGUGGGCCGAAGGGCAACCGCACGCCGAAGAUGAUCUGCCACGUGUUCGAGAGCGAGGAGGCGCAGUUCAUCGCGCAGAGCAUCGGGCAGGCGUUCCAGGUGGCGUACAUGGAGUUCCUCAAGGCGAACGGAAUUGAGGACCACAGCUUUAUGAAGGAGAUGGACUACCAGGAGGUGCUGAACAGCCAGGAGAUCUUCGGCGACGAGCUGGAGAUUUUCGCGAAGAAGGAGCUGCAGAAGGAGGUGGUGGUGCCGAAGGCGAAGGGCGAGAUACUGGGCGUGGUGAUCGUCGAGUCGGGCUGGGGCUCGAUGCUGCCGACGGUGGUGAUUGCGAACCUCGCCUCGUCCGGCGCGGCCGCCCGUUGCGGCCAGCUCAACAUCGGCGAUCAGAUCAUCGCCAUCAACGGGCUCAGCCUGGUGGGGUUGCCGCUGUCGACGUGCCAGGGCUACAUCAAGAACACCAAGAACCAGACCGUGGUCAAGUUCACCGUCGUCCCGUGCGCCCCGGUCGUCGAGGUGAAGAUCAAGCGACCGAACACCAAGUACCAGCUCGGCUUCAGCGUGCAGAACGGUGUGAUUUGCAGCCUCCUGCGCGGGGGCAUUGCGGAGCGGGGCGGUGUGCGCGUCGGCCACCGCAUCAUCGAGAUCAACAACCAAAGUGUCGUCGCUGUACCGCACGAGAAAAUUGUAAACUUGCUGGCCACAUCAGUUGGUGAGAUACUCAUGAAAACCAUGCCGACGUCGAUGUUCCGCCUGCUGACUGGACAGGAAAACCCCAUUUACAUCUAAAUUGUGGAUUUCUUUUCUUCGUUUCGCCGAUUUGAUUUACGUCGGUUGUCGCCGACCGGGAACUAGCUGAUACAAUGACAGUAACUACAUAUUUUUGAACGAACACUCUUGACAUUUUCUAUACUUCACAAUGUCAUGAAACUAUAAAUAUAUACAUACAUAUACAUAUAUAUAAAUAUUAUAUACAUAAAUGUGCAAGUAUGGAUAUUUAUAAAUAUGAAAAUGCAUUUUUGUUUUGGAAUUGAUUCAUACUUUGGCCUUGCAACUAAUAUGAUAAUCGUUAUAGAUAUGAGUAAAUGCUCAUAAAAGCAUACACACAUACACACCCACACAUAUGCAACACCACACACACACACACACACACAUUCAGUCAGAAACAUUGCCAGGAGCAGUGCGCACGAGGAGGCACACUUGCCGUUGAAGGAAUAUUCCAUAAUAAUGGCUAUACAAGCAGGUUUAGAUAAACUCACACGGCUGCAAACUGAAAAGAAAAUCGCGUCAUGCCAUGGCCUCAACACAUAUAAAUCAAACUGAAUACAGUCUACAUAGUCACAAGAUAAAUGUAAAUCGUUGGAUUUAAUAAUAAAUAUAGCAUAGUAAUAUAGCUUUAGCGAAUUGGUGGUUUCGAGAAGAUGGAGAUUAAAAAAAAAAAAGAUAAACAAGACAGAAAAGUGGGGCACUCUUGGCUUUCUAAGUACCAUUACAGAUUGAAAAGAAAACAAAAAUAC